CCCAGUGUGACGUUCCUCGUUCUAACUUCAAGAGCUCUCGACGAGCGACCUCGUCAGGUCUUCCUAUCACGUCUUGGCCGCCUUUCUCGAAUUUACUGCGUCGACGAAGGUGCCACCAGCCGGGAGGCGUUACAGGCGUCGACGCUCGACAGCGAGUGAUAGAUUUCACGCAAGAAACAUGCCGCUGCGACGUCAAGACGCCGAGAGGUCGCUGCUGUUGCUGCGUGAGUUUCGUUCGACGGCUCGCGGAGAGGAGCAGGCUCUCGAGGUGAGCCGUGCGAUCGAGAUGCUCGAGAGCUACCUCGAGCACCUCCUACCGGCCGCACAGGAUCGCGGCGUGCGAGCCCGUCGGCUGCGAUCGGUGAGAGAGACGGCGUUGCUCGGACAGACGACGGACGUGCGCAUCGUCGACUUUAAGAAUCUGAGCAGCGAGCGACCGUUUGGUGUGCAUUUGGGCGGUGCGCCGACGACGAGCUCGAACGGUUUACGCCCACGCAGCAAUGCGUUCGGUUCGGUGUACGUGAGUUACGUCGAUCCGGGAAGUUUGGCGGAUCGAGACGAGCGGCUACAGGUCGGUGAGCAAUUGGUGGCAAUCAACGGGAGAUAUCUCUCGAAAGCGACUGUAGAGAGAGCGAGGUGGUUGCUCGACAGUGCGUUGCGGUCGGGAAACGUGCUGCUGUCGGUAGCAAAACCGUGCGAGAGCAGCAACGGGUCGUGGGCCACGGCUGAGACACGCAGGUUGAGUCGUGGAGCAUCGGGGAAGGGAGGAAGGAUCCGUAGGGCGUCGGGACAGAGAAUCGCGCCGGUCGGAGUCGCGCCCGGAGAGAAGACACCAAGUCCGACGCAGUCGAGGACGUCGCUUCACGAGGAUGACUUGUUCGCACCGUCGUUGGGCGGACGACGAGGUCUCGAGCAGAGUGUCGUGUCUGGAACGGCCGAGGCGGCGGCGGCUAUUGCGAGAAGCAGCACCUCUGAGACGGCGUUGGGUUCCAAGGUGGCUCUGAGGAGGAGGCAAGUACGCAAGAUGCAUCUUACUAAGGGAAGAGGUGGUCUUGGUGUUGUCAUUGCGGGUGGCAAGGGGUCUGCAAGGGAGGGGAUAUUUGUAAAGAGCAUCGAGAAGGGAGGUGCUGCUGACAGAGAUGGGCGCUUGAAGGUUGGAGACGAGCUGCUUGUGAUCAAUGGCUACAGUCUCAUUCAGAAGGCUCACGAUGAAGUCGUCGAACUAUUGAAGAAGACGUCGAGCGUUCUGCAACUGGUCGUUUCGUCUGAAGCGUCGACGUCCAGCAUUCGGACUUCGUCUAAGAGCCUCAAUUCUGUUCGGCUGCUGUCGACAGCUUCGUCAUCUGCAUCACUAACUGGACGAAUCGAUGAGUUACCAGAAUUGAUGUCGCCACUUUCAAGUGCGAGUGGAACAUCAAGUACUGUUGGAACGUCUCUGUCUGCGGUCUCACCCGGGCAAGUUGAGCUGCUAGAUGAGACCGAUAGUGGUGGGAGAACUGGUAGUAGUCAAAGUCAUACUACAGCGUUGAUGAUGUCUCCUAUAAAUUCGUCGUCUCUUACGUCUUUGCCGACGACAAAAACUGAGGCUGAAGCUGUGUCUCAUCCGUCUGCAAGUGAUAAUCGUUCCCUCAAGGCUGGCAAUGUUUCUGUUGCUCGAUCUGGCAAGUCACCAGGUCCGAGAGUGAAGACAAGCGGUCCUGCACCUCCUUCAAAGCAAAUUGUGUUGGUAAAGGGUAGCGGUCCUGACCGAGGUCUGGGAUUCACGAUAUGUGGUGGAACGGGUUCUUCAAAAGGAGAUCUCGGUAUCUAUGUGAAAUCCAUUCAAGCACGAGGGGCUGCGCUUACUGAUGGGCGUCUCAAAGAAGGUGAUGAAAUCCUAGAAGUCAAUGGAGUUUCCUUGCAAGGGUUUACCCAGAAGAAAGCAACCGAUCUGUUCAAGAAUUUGAAAAAGGGUGUGGUCAAGUUGGUAGUCCAGAGCCGACUAGUUGAGCCGAGCAAACAAGAAAUACGUUUUACCUUGGAGAAACCACCCGACUCUGGUCUGGGCAUUGGGAUAGCUGGAGUUAGUGCUGCCGACAAACAUGGCAUAUAUGUCUCCUACCUUAGCGACAAUUCUGUUGCAGCCAGUAGUGGUGCAGUUAUACGAGGAGACCAAAUACUUGAAGUGAAUGGAGUCAACCUUCAACAUCGGCCUCUAGAUGAAGCAUAUGAGGCAUUCAGUUCACUAAGCCCUGGUCCUGUUCACAUCACUGUACAUCGAUAUAGCAAUCCUGCUUUUGGUGAGGCAGAAUUAGAGCGCGCACUCGAGAUUAGCAGUGCUCAAGAGAAAGCUUCUCGAUCACCAUCCCUCGCUCGCAUCAAAGCUGCAGGAAGGAACGCCAUGAAGAGAAUCGGUAGUUUGGGGAAAGGAAGCAAUGAGAACCUGCGGAAGCCAAAAUUGAAAACAACAGAGAAAAAUGAAAAUGCUAGUCACAGGUUGUCUCCUCUGGUUGGGACUACAUCACCGAGUCCUUCAGAAGAGGUAUCGAGUCUGAUGAAAACUGCUUCGUUAGAGGAGAUAGAGCAAAUGGUGACUGAGAAACUUCCUGCUAGUGAAUCAGAUAACGAAUUGGAUCUCAUAAAGUCAGAAGAAUUUACUGAUGAACAGAUAGUGGUCACUGGUAGUGCUGGGGUUCAAACCAGUCAGGUGGAUAACUCGCGUGAACAAUGUGUUUCUCCGUUGGAAGAAAUUCGAUCACCGUCUCCUCUGUUUACGAGGACGUCCGGUUCCCAGUCUCCUUCCUUCUUAUCCGACAUGUCUGACUUGUUGGCAAAAGUUGGGCAACAAUCUCAGGUGGACUCUAGUGCAGCAAGAAGCAUCAGAGCUGGUACACAAGAUAACGGAAGCCGGGCGACAUCUGUGGAACCGGGAGGACGCUCGUCUAGUCGUAGCAACAGCCCAUUUGUUGAAGUAUCCAGUCAACAGUCUAUAAAUGCUCUCCAUGCUGCUAUGAAACAAAGACUCGAGAGCCAGGCACCCGGUAGUGAUUCUUUUCAGGCAAUGACAAGACUACACAAUGCAAGAUCUGGUCUUGUUGGACCACCCGAGAAAGUCGUGAUUACGAAACCUCCUCAAGGAGGAAUGGGACUCACGAUAGUUGGCGGGGAAGGCACUAACAUUAAACGUGUGUUAGUCACCGGAGUUGUCAAAGGAGGAGCUGCUGAUGUUCCUGGUGGUAUUCGAGUUGGUGAUGAACUCAUAGCAGUAAAUGGUCAGUCACUCAAAGGCCUGAGCAAUCCUGAGGUAAUUACAGUUUUGAAAACCACACCUCAGAGGGUGGAAUUACUGGUUGGUCGAGCCAUCGAUACAGAUGAAUCUGGUGGAAGUAGAGGCGUAGAUGUGCCACAAUCGGUUCAACUGGGAAAAGCUCACAUCGCUCCUCUUACUCAAUCGUCUGGUAGCUUGAACAGCAUGAGUUCUGCUCUAUCCAAAGCCGUCGCCGCCGUUGAUCAGAUGUUUGUUCACCCCGACAAGGAAGCUGUGAAGAAAGUAAUGGAGACUGGGAUGGUGACACAGAAUGUCUGGAACAGAGAGAAACCUUCUCGACAUAGAGUUUACCCGAGUAAUCAAAUUUUGCCAGUGAAACACACAGAUGCCUUACAGUCGCCACUAAUUGCAUCAUCAUCGUCAUCAUCAUCACCACCACCUAUUCCUGUCCAGCCACCUCCACUUGAGAGCGACUCUGGAUGGAAGCCAGCUGCUCUGGUGCAGAAACCGUUACCUGGAGAGGACUGGUGGUCUAUAAAUAGUCUAACGCAAGAGGCAGGGAAAGAAGCUGGUUACCCUGGAUUUGCCCUUCUAAAAGUUGUGCUGGAAAAGAAACCAAGAGCGUUUUUCGGUUUGAAUCUUGAAGCUAGCUCUGGAUCAACUUCUGGAUUUCAUCAGGUCCGUCGCAUCAAUCCUGCUGGUGUUGCUGGGAAAGAUGAGAGAUUAAAGCUUGGUGACAGGCUCAUUUCCGUUUGUGGACAAGAUCUGAAGCAUUUACAUUACCACGAAGUGCUGAAGGCAAUGAAGGAUGCGACAGGCGAGUGUGAAAUUUGUGUUCUCCGUGACUGUAGGGACCCUAUUCUUGACAAACAGGGACAGACAGCGAAUCAGCGUUUAAAUGAAAGUAUUUCACCAUCAGAGCACGCGUUAUUACCGGUUUCCUCUCCACCUUUAUCUGAUAAUGUGCAGUUUCCUGAGUUGAACAGAGACGUGACAUCAAUAGUCUCUGUUCACCCCACUCUUCCAUCACAAAGAAAGGAUAGACCACCGCUAUUCUCUCCCCCAGCUCCACCUGAUGAUAGUCCACCUGUUACACCACCACGUCAAGUUAGGCCCCCGCCUAAUGUUACUGAAGCAGAGAAGUUGUCCAUAGUCAAACGUAGACUGGAUCCCAGUAUGGCAAGACGAGGACCGUCUGCAUCAUCCCUGAAGGCCAUCAAACUUGGUUCUCGAGGAUCAGGUCGACUAUCGAGUGCGUCUAUCAACUCUGUAUCUGCUGCAUCCAUAAGGUCAAAUUCUCCCGAUGCAUCACCAACAAGAGAACGUCGAUCUUCAAUCACUAUUGUUCCCGCGAGGAGCUCAUCUGUUACCAGAUUGAGGCUGGGGUUGAGGGAAGAUGUCGAUCAGGACGAUGGUAGUGGAAUUAUUCGAACGCCAAGAACACGAAAAAUGACGAAGGAUUUGAGUGAUCUGCUCAAGCGUGGAUCAAGAGAUAGCAAGCUGGCCAGUGAAGUUACAGCUGGUGACGUUACUGUAUCACCAAUUCCAAUGACGCAUUUUCCUUCUCCGGAAGAGAAUCUGAUAGAGUCAGACAAAGCAAUUGCUUCGGCCUCUAGUCAAGCGGAUGAAGUGGCAAACCAAAAUGUUUCAGAUGAUCAACCAAAUGUCCACACCUUUGGUACCCUACGAGUGCAACGUUCAGAAGUACUGCCGUUUGAGGUUCGUCUUGAGAAAGGACUAUUUGGCUUAGGAGCUACCCUUGCUGCUGACUCCAGUGGAUGCAUAAUUAUAAAAAGCAUUGCCCCAAAUACUGCAAUAGGUAAUGACGGAAACCUGAGAGUUGGGGACAAGAUUUUGUCAGUCAACGGCCGGGAGUUGUCUGGCUUACCUCUGAGCAAAGCAGAGCGGAUCUUAAAAACAGUUCAAAAGGGUUCGGUUUCCAUCGUGGCUCAGUCACGGUCUCACAUGUUGGAUAGAGAUGCUCAAUCAACAGAGAGCAAAACCAGUGCACCACAGACAGAAACUCCUUCACAGGUUACACAGUCGACUGAAGAGCAAUCAUCGCAGCAAGACGAAGGAAUUAUUACAGUGAAGGUGUUAAAGAAAGGCAGCAGUAUCCUUGGCUUGACUAUAGAGGGUGGUAGUGACACACCUCUCUCCUGUAUUUAUAUCAAGUCCAUAUCACCUGGAUCUCCAGCGGCUCAGUGUGGGAAUUUGAGGGUCGGGGAUCAAAUAUUGAUGGUCAAUGACGAGUGUUUAGUCGGUAUCACGAACGCUGCUGCUCUCAACAUACUCAGACAGACGCCACCUUUAUUUGACGUUGUAGUUUCCCGACAAAAGAAAGACACAGGUGCCUCUCAGGCAGCUAUUGCUGAUGAUGAUGCAUCUCGUCAACCUCAGUUCGUUUCUGUUUCUGUGGCGUCACCAGAUUUGCCAAUGUCCGACUCCGCUUCGAGCGAAAACCUUGCAUUUACUACGUUUUCUCCACCGCCCGAGGAGUUUCCACAUCUCCACUCUUUGCCGACGUCCCCUACGUCACCCCCUCCCGACAGUACAUCAGAAAAUUUCAAGCCAACUGACGCGCCAGUCUUACCCAACUAUCCUCCUCCUCUUGAUUCUCCACUAAAGCCAAUGGAAGAUGUUGCUCCUCGUGUCGAUUCAGUCAAUGGAAUAGUGUCUGAAUCUAUGGUGAGCGCGCCGGUACCGGACGAAGUGAAAGAGGGAGCGAGCUCUCUUGUUGACCAGACAGACAACCAAGUAAAAAGUGAUUACGACGAAGCGAAGGAGGAUGAAGAACUACUUACAAUAAAGCUGUCGAAGCAAGGAGGACCGCUGGGUAUCAUGCUAGCCGGCGGUAGCGACACUGAUAUCAAUGCGGUCUUGGUCAAGAAAGUGGUCGCCGACGGUGCUGCUGCACGAGAUGGAAUGCUACGUGUCGGUGACCGUUUGAUAUCAGUCAAUGGAAACAGUUUUGGUGGGCAGACCCGACAGCAGUCAUCUGAUAUACUCAAAAAGAGUCCCGACGAAAUCACAUUGAUUGUUGCUCGAAGAAAGCAAGCCCAGACAGCCAAACUGAAAGCAAGAAAAGUGAGUGUUCCAAAACGAUCGACCUCGACCUCCGAGCAGCGAACAGGAAUGUUCUUGUCUCUUGGAGAAAUGCCGGGUAGCGAGUUUACACCGUCUGAGCUUGGAUCAGUAGUCGACCAGUCAGAGACGGCGUCUGUCGCUGGACAAGAAAAAGGAGGCACUCUGAAAAGGCGCGGUCACCGCAGGACAGGGUCAGGAUCAUCAAUCGGAUCCACGGUAUCGGGCAUUCAUGGCAAGGCCGGUCCCGCUUCUAACCUAAAGGCCGUUGAACUUGUAAAAGGCCCGUCUGGAUUAGGCUUCAGUGUGGUUGGAGGUUGUGGGUCAUCGAAGGGUGACUUGCCAAUUCUUGUGAAGUCAGUAUUUCCCGGUGGUGCAGCCGCUAAGAGUGAACGGCUGUCACCCAGGGAUCAGAUCCUAGAGGUGAAUGGACGAGACUUUUCUACGUUGACGCGGGAAGAAGCUGUUGCUGUUCUCAAGUCGCUGCCGCAAGGUCCUGUACGUAUGCUUGUAAAAAAAGCCAACACACAAUAAUAUAAGUGCAUUUCGUAUUCUAUUAUUCUAUUUCUGUUUCUUACGUGAUGCUAUUCGGACGCAGAUUGAAUUGUUUAUAUACUCUAGUAGCUGUUUUAUAUAUACGGUAGUAGCUGUGUCUAGUUCACUAGUGAAGCAGCUUGUACUUCCGACAGGCGUAGUGACGUAUACAUAUAUAAUUCAGCUAAUAAGAAGUAAACAGAUGAGCUAAUAAAUGAAACACAUUUCCGU